GUCACGUUCUGAGGUCCUGGAGGUUGACUUCAACAUGCAUAUUUAUUCGGGACACGGUUGGAUCCACAAGAUCUAAAACCUGGCUGGGCUUCAGCGCCCAGUUUUCUUGAGGGUUCCCUUGCCCACCGGUACCUGUCGUGGUCCUCCAGUCGGCAGGAGGCGCAGCAUCUUGGCGGCCUUACCUAACCGGAAGGUCUGGGACUCGUGAGAGCCGAGAGGAGGUGCCUUCCGUGUUUUUUGGCUCUGGGCAGAUGGCGGGCGCCCGGGCUCUGAGCGAGCUGCAGGCGGUGGACACCGAGCUCACUGCAGAUUCGGUGGAGUGGUGCCCGCUGGAGGGUUGCCGGCACUUGCUGGCCUGCGGUACCUACCAGCUGCACGCGCCUGAAGACCAGGCUGCACUGGAUGGCAGUGAACCUCAAGUUCGUUUGGGUCGGCUCUACCUGUACCGUUUCAAUGAAGACAACGCUGUUAACCCUUUGGUUGAGGUACAGAGAAGGGAUACUUCUGCCAUCUUGGACAUGAAAUGGUGCCACAUCCCAGUGGCUGGCCAUGCUCUUUUAGGCUUGGCAAAUGCUAAUGGAUCUGUACAGGUAUUCUGGCUGAUGGAAUCUGAGAAUGGUUAUAUGCUACAGCCAGUAUCCAGCCUUACCCUGGAGGAGCAGUAUCUGUCCUUGUCCCUGGAUUGGUCCACUGGGAAACCUGGAAGGGCCAGAGACCAGCCCUUGAAAAUCAUUAGCAGUGACUCUAAGGGGCAGCUGCACCUCCUGAUGGUGAAUGAGGCUACAGCUGAACUUCAUCCGGUGGCCUCGUGGCCAGCCCAUCACUUUGAGGCCUGGAUUGCUGCUUUCAAUUACUGGCAGACAGAACUCGUGUAUUCAGGUGGAGAUGACGGCCUUCUAAGAGGCUGGGACACCAGGAUGCUUGGUACAUCUGUCUUUACUAGCAAGAGACACUCCAUGGGUGUGUGCAGCAUCCAGAGCAGCCCCCAUCGGGAACAUAUACUAGCUACUGGAAGCUAUGAUGAGCAUGUUCUGCUGUGGGAUACUCGGAACAUGAAGCAGCCUUUGGCAGAUGUGCCGGUGCAGGGAGGCGUGUGGAGGCUCAAAUGGCACCCAGUCUACCACCACCUACUCCUGGCAGCCUGUAUGCACAAUGGCUUCAAGAUCCUCAACUUCCAGAAGGACACUGAAGAGAAGCAGGAUGUGACUAUCUUAACAUCCUAUACAAUGCCUAACUCACUAGUGUAUGGGGCUGACUGGUCCUGGCUUUGUCAUUCCCUGAAGCCCAUGCCCACCUUGACCUUUGAUCAAAAUGACAUGGGAGUCAGAGCAGCAGACCACACUCUGACAGUUGCAGAGGAGCCACUGGCACGCUCCCUUGAAGGAAUAAUGGACCACGAUGGUGAAGGCCUUGCUGAAGCCCACAGCAAAGUUAAACUGAAGGUGUCUCUCCUGCCACUAACAGAGGGUGUGAGAAGCAGCAGCCACCUGCCCUCCUCACCCAAGAUCUGUGAUCUCAGCCUGUACCCAGGAGGAGCAAUCUUUGACAGUAGCCUCCUGGCUACCUGCUCGUUUUACAACCAUGUUCUCCACCUCUGGAAGUGGGAGGAAAAGUGAGCUUGAGGCUGCCCUCUUCCCUGAAUGUGUCUUGAGAAGUGCUGGCCUCUCUUGCUGGCCACUAGGAAUAAACUUUGAUUCUGUUUGGAAAUGAGUGUUUUCUGGCUUUACAACUAAAUGUCAUGGUUGCAUUUUGACGUUCAACCCUUCAUUUGUGUUUAUAUUAAUUAGAUAACUCCUCUUAAAUUAACAAAAAUUUGUGUAUA